UGAGUUAGCAGUAUUGCACCUCAUCCACCGGGCAUGCAUGCAAAAAAAAGUAGCAACAGAGAGAGCUGCGCUACCCACUCCUCCUCCUCCUCCUGCUGGGAGCCUGUCUGAGAUCACUGAAGGACACCCUCAUUGACUUGCUUUGUGUGGACGCCUUAAUGAAGCGAGACCGCCGCCUGCUGUAGUGCGACCAAGGAGAGGGAUUGACGCACUGAUCAGAGGGAGAGGAUGUGCGACUGAGACCGGUGCUGCUGCUUGCAGGGGGGCUGUCAUUUUUGGAUCUUUAAAACCCACGGAGAAUUUGUUACUGUGUUUCCUCAGAGGCUGAAGCACCUCUCGGAUGGAGGACUGAUCAGCUGGAUGUCAGCUGCUUGUGGAGCAUGGGUACAACUGCCAGUGCCGCACCACAACCUGUUUCCGUAGCGUCGCCGCUUGAGAGUGUCCAUGGUAACGGGAUGGCCGACAGCAGGCAGUCUCUGAGCAUGAGCCCCUUCCAGACUGUCAGCAUCCACAACAACAAGGCCAAGUCCAUUAUCACCAACAAAGUGGCACCUGUCGUCAUCACGUACAACUGCAGACAAGAGUUCCAGAUUCACGAUGAAAUCCUCAAGACCAACUACAAAGUGGGUCGGAUAUCGGACAACAUGCCCGAGCACUACCUGGUGCAGGGGGAAUACUUCAUGGUCCAGGACGUGUACAGCAAAGCAGAUGUCCUAAACACCACAGGGAGCUAUGGAGCGCCCAACUUCCGUCAAGUCAAGGGAUCGUACCCGCUGUAUGGGAUGGGUCAGCCGAGCCUGAACGGCUUCAAACAAGUCCUUCAGAGGCUCCAAGCGCAGGGACACAAGGAGGUCAUAUUUCUCUGUGUGAGAGAGGAGCCAGUGGUUUUCCUGCACAAGGAUGACGACUUUGUGCCAUACACCCCAAGGAGGAAGGAAAACCUGCAUGAAAACCUUCAUGACCUGGAGAAGGAAGAGCUGGUGGAGAACCUGGAGCUCACUGUCAGGAAGGAGCUCCAUGACUUUGCAAAGCUCAACGAAAAUGUCUUCUACGUCUACAACGACAUCGAGUUCUUCAAAGACGAGCCGCAGAAGAUUGCCAUAACAUGCGAGGAGGACAUCCACGUGACGGAGGAGGUCUACAAGAGGCCCAUGUUCACCAUGCCGGCCUACAGGUACUACAGAUUACCACUGCCAACAGAGGGAGCACCGCUGGAAGAAGAUUUUGACGCAUUUGUUAGCAUACUCAGGGAGAGCACCAGCUUGUCUCGAACCCACGAUGCAUCCCAGCCGCUUCCUGCUCUGCUGUUUAGCUGCCAGGUGGGAGUGGGCCGCACAAACCUCGCCAUGAUCCUCGGCACACUGGUCAUGAAUCGCCUAAGGGGGGAUUCACAACCAGAGCAGCAAGCUGAGGAGGCAGCAGCUUCAGAGCCUAAACCACUGUUCCAGGUCAUCCAGACUCUGAUCAACAAGCUGCCUAAUGGGCAGCAGGUCAUGGCAGAGGUUGAUCAAGCUAUCACCCUGUGUUCCGAGAUGCACAACAUAAAAGAAGCUAUAUAUGAGAACAAGAGUAAACUUGAGGGGAUUGGAGAAGAUUACAAAAUUCAGGGAAGCAGUACCAAAGACUACUUUCUCAACAGAACCAUGCAGAGCUUGGAGCGCUACUUCUACUUGAUUGUAUUUAACGCAUACCUACAUGAACAGUAUCCUCUUGCCUUUGUGUCCAACUUCAGCCAGUGGAUGUGCUGCCAUGCGUGGCUGUACAGGUUACUGGCCUGCAUGGACGUAUCAGAGCUGUCCGCCCCCGCUGGGCUGGUCACCAGAGGAGCUCGAAUCCUGGUUGCUGAUGAGGUUUUGGCUCCAGAUCUGCUCAGCACAGUGAAGGAGAUGAAGGCAGUUAACUUCAGACGAGUGCCCAAGAUGCCUGUUUACGGAGUGUCUCAGCCAACAUCAGAGGCUACCGGAGCAGUUUUAGCCCAUCUGACAGAUGAGAAGAGGAAGCACAGCCACGUGUUGUGGGUCAACCUGCAGGAGGAGCUGGUGCUGGAAGGAAACGGGCAGAUUUUCACUCCACGGGAGCCGUCCUGUCAGGACCAGCCAAUUUCUAUCCCCUCAUCUGACCCACAGAUAAUAGAGAAACUGGAGACGUCGUUGAAGGAGGAGGUCCUGCGGGCUCAGAAGUGGCUGGAGGUGACGCUGGAGCAGGAGAAGCAGAUGAAGAUGUUCAAAAGCUGCCUGACGGUGCAGGAGAUCUUCAACCAGCACAAAAAAUCACAUCAGGGCCUCAUCUACAAACGGAUUCCUUUGCUGGACUGCAGUGCGCCCAGAGAGGAGGAUUUUGAUAAGAUGUUGGAGGCCAUGAAGAGCUCUCUGGCUGAAGACUCUCACUCAGCCUUCGUUUUUAACUGCUCUAACGGUAAAGGCAGGACCACCACUGGCAUGGUUGUUGCUGUUCUCACUCUCUGGCAUUUUAAUGGAUUUCCAGAGUUUGCUGAUGAUGAGAUUGUGAGUGUUCCUGAUGCGAAGUACACAAAAGGAGAAUUUGAGGUCGUGAUGCAGCUGGUGCGCCUGCUCCCUGAUGGCCACAGAAUGAAGAGGGAGGUGGACAUGGCCCUGGACUCUGUCAGUGAGACCAUGACCCCCAUGCACUACCAUCUGAGGGAGAUGAUCAUCUGCACGUACAGACAGAUCAAAAGUGGCAAGACGGAGAAGGAGUGCCAGCAGCUGCUGUUGAGGAGCCUGCAGUACCUGGAGCGCUACAUUUACCUCAUCCUCUUUAACACAUACCUGCAUCUAGAGAAGAAAGACUCAUGGCAGCGCUCCUUCACUCUAUGGAUGGAACAGGUGGCUGCCAGGGCUGGAGUUUAUGACAUCCUCAACCAGCUGGGCUUCUCCGAGUUUGAAAACCCACGGGACACGCCACUGGCUCGACUACGCUACCGCUGGCAGCAGAGGAACAUUCAGUCUCUUCCUUUCCGCGGGGAGUUCAUUUGAGAGAGGAUCACUGUGAACACACCGAGACAGUACUGUGCUCUACAGAGUUAGAGAGAUUAACUUUGUUAUGCCUUCUAUAUUAACCCUGUAUAAAUAUCUUCUUUUUAAACUUGGUUUUCUGCUUUUUUUCAAACCUUAUUUGCAAUUAUGACAUUCACCCUUUGUUUUUAGCUGAAAAUUAGCAGAUUGUGCUUGUAUAUUUAGAGGUUAUUUGUGCCUUUGCUUUUUUAUCCAGUAAAGCGUAGUAUUUCAACGUACUAAUAUUUAUGUAAAUCCUUUUUAAAUCAAGCCCCUCUCUUUCAAAAACGAGACAGUUUGACAGCCUCUCCUGGAACAAGACGAGAGUUAAAUAUUGUUAUGGAGAGAAAUUCCACUGUGUUGUCAGCCAACAAUUUUGGCUGUGUGUCACAACUGUUUGCUGUUGUGUGACCUGAUAUUUUUCCCGAGCCCUGUCCUUUUCUUAGCAGCACAGCUGUCAUCAGUGGCUGUGCGUUUGUUUGACUUGAGGUUUUCGGUUUUUAAGAGGGUUCUCUGUGUACAUAUGGAGGCUGUUGUUAUUUAAAUGUAAAUGUAGCCUUUGGUUUUUAAAGCUGGGCAGCCGGGAUGUUUUCGAGGAAUGUGGAGCAAGAUGUUGUUUCCUAGAUUUUUUUUUUCCUACACUAUUACUCAUGAGGUGUCUUUUAUCUGUUUACUUUUAUUUUUGUUCUUCAUUAUACAGGUACUAACAGGAAGCAUGUUCAUUUUUUUUAAUCUUUUUUACUUUUACGUUGAACAUGAGUUAGGCCUAAUCCAGCAAAAUAGCAGGUUAGGGUUAGGUUACAUUUUCUGUCAUUCCUUAAAACCUCUUAAAAUAGUGCCAUCCUUUAACUGAUGUGAUGUGAAGGACCAGAUAUAUCAUUUUAAGGCAUUUUCCUUUCGGGACAAAACCUGAGGCCUACAUUACCCACAAUGCAACCUUGCAAAGCUAUUUUCAAAUUUGGGGGACCACAGACAUGAGCAAAUUCAGCCAGAACAUGAGACCACACACCUGUUGUUAUUUGUAACAGCUUCACAAAGGUGAUCCAGAGACAAAAGGUCUCACAGAAACCCGCAUGAUUAAACGUGACUUAAGAAGAAGACCAAAUAUGGAGGAUGAUGUACAUCCUAAGCUAGCUGUCAUAUAUGUUCUGUUUUGCAGGAAAAAAUCCCCAAACCAUGAGAAUAAUUUCAGAAGAUAGUAUAGAUCUGCCCACUUACAGGGGCUAUCCUAUCUCAGACAGCUGGGCCUGAAAUCAUAAAUAUCAAACAUGUUUGUAACAGAUCAGAGAGGCUUUGGCUUGAUUAGCAUCAGUAAAGUCAUCCUAUUGACUCUUUACACUUGAGGGUUAGUUGACAAAUAAUCAGUUUCGACAAGCCUCAAGUCAGUUGUUCCCCUCUGUUCACUGUAAGGAUCAAAUUGCUCCUAAAAUCAGGUAUAAAGUUGUCUUGUGCGUAGCCAGCCUUUGUUGGAGCCAAGCAGCAACUUCCAUAAAUACAGUCAGUGCCACUUGAGCGUUGGGAGUGUCCUGCCAACGAAAAGUUCAUUUACCCAGUCUGCACUGCUGUAAACGUGCAGAUUUGAUGCUAUAAUGCUAACAAGCAGUAAAGUCCUUCAUUGAGCUAUUGCUGCCAGUUGACAAAAGACAAUACAUUUAUAAACUAAGAGAAUAGGAUCGGAUUGUUGUCUGGACAUUAUAAAAGACUGAAGGAAUGAUCCACUAGAUGGCCCAACAUAUAUUCCCUCAUAAGUGGUUCCUACCCUUUUUGCCUUAGGGCCCCGCCUACUUGUAUCUAAGAAAAGUUAAGCUACGAGGGCCACCCUAGGGGAAAAAAAAAGUAUGUGAAUUCUUCAUGAAAUAAAGGACUUUUUAAACUUUUUGUCAGGUUAAAGAAUUUGUUAUUUUAUGAGAAGAAAGUAGAAAUGUUUGUGCUUUAAAAGCUGUAAAUGUAGGUGAACCAAAAGUUAGAAUAUUAGAGAUAAUAAACCUGAAAGGUCAAAAAUCCAACCACUGUUUUCAGUUUGGUUUCUUGUAAUUUUUUUAAUGUUGCAAUGUUGUAAAUUUGCAAUGUUAAACAUUUAAAUUUUGGGGGGUUCUAAUGUCAAAAUGUAAGACUUUAUAAACUUGGAAACGCAGUAUUUUUUUCCUUGUGCAUUUACAACUUUUUAAACGCUACAAUUUUGAUUUUGUUUCUCGUAAAUGUGAAUUUAAUCUCACAUAGGUGUAUUUUUUCCCUAAAAUUUCAUAUUUUUUCCCCUUUUUAUCUAUAGGUUGGCCCCUAAUAUGCUAUUGUACAUUAUGUUUCAAAUCGUGAUUAAAAAAAAACAAAAGACUUUGACAAUGUCAGGGUAGACAGGGUCCUGUACCCUGACUCCAGGUUGGGAACCACUGCCUUAUAUCUUUUGCUACCCACUGGAAUCACCUGCGUAUAUCCAUCUAUGGCUCACAAAGCGCUAAGCUCUUCAUUACUUGUAGCGUGGGCGGUCAUUCUCUGUCUUCACAGUCUACAAUCAUGUGUCAUUUGUGACGGAAAAUUAAACUGUUCAGUUCAUCGUUCAGCAGAAUAUAAGCACACCACCGUCAGCUCACACAGACCGAUCCGCUUCAGACACAGAAGCCUGACUGUCACUCAUUCUCUGGGUGGACGAGCCGUCCCUCCACCACACAUCCAACAUAUUUUCAAGUGUCUAAAGUCGAAUGGACAGUUUAAGAAAAGUCACACCGAAGCAGGUAGUCUACAGCUGUCAGAAAACAGGAUACAGAGAUCUAUAGGUAGCAAAGCUGGAUUUCUCAAAUUCAUGCACAAACAGAAACUGGAUUACAAAAAAAACCCAGCCGAAACCAGAAUAUGCAAGGCCAUGUCAACCCAGUCAGUGUCUUUCUGUUCCUCCAAAGUUGAAGUUUUUAAGCCCCAUCAGUCACUGACUCCAGUUACAACCUCCCAUGGAUCUAUGAACGGCUUCACAAGACUAUUUCACACAUUCAGUGGAAGUCCCUCAGGCCUGUAAACAAGCUUUGAUGUGUGGCAUUAAAGGAGUUCCCCUAUAAUCAUCUUGACUUUCACAGAAUUCACUACCCUUGACAGCACACUUCUUUUGCUCUACUUUUUCUGUACAAUUUAUGGUUGAAGACAGCCAGACUUGUGGGUAACAAACCAUGUAUUAUUGGUUAAUGAACCAUGGAAGUACAUUUGAAUGACUAGGAUUUAUGUUAAUGGAAUAAUCAGAAGUAAUCAAAUAGCAGUAUGAUUUAAUUUUACAUCAAUAAAACAUUGCAUUAUCAGUAAAACAGAGCAGCAAUUACACCCCAAACUCACCCCAAUCAUUGUUGGGACGUUCUACAUUUCCGCAAUGAUUCUAAUUGUGUAUUUUCCCUUUUUUACUCUUUUUUUGUUUUUUAUUCUUUCAUUUGCUAAUGAUGUGUUUAAUUGUAUGUAAUCUUACACUGAAAAUGUGCUUUAAAACCAUAAAUCCUGCCUUAAAACCACAAAGCCAGAUAAAAUACUCAUACUCUUGAUGCCUCUAUACAUUUUUUUGUGACAUUCAAAAUAUGUACUGUUUAGAAUUAAUUCAGAGUAUUUGAUCAAAAGCAUGCCAUGAUUAGUAAUGAAAUUAAUCUAAUUAGUGUUAAGUUUGAGAGAAUUACUCCAAAAUGUGAUUUGAUUAGCCAUAUGCGGAUUCUAACAUUGUAAUGUUUUUUCUGUUACUUUUUUAUUAUGUGCCAUUCAUGUGCUGUUUCGGGGGGCUGAAAUAAAAUAGAUUUAAGAC